GCCCCGCCCCCGCCCCCGCCCCACACACAGUGUCGUUUCAUUACCAGCAAACUGCACGUAGAAAAGAUCUUGUCUGGCCAGUUUCUCAGAAAAACCGUAGGAGUCACAGCAGCUCCUCUGCCACCAUGAAGGGGACCUUCCUGAACACCGUCCUUGUCCUGGCCAUCUCCGUGCUGGCUGCUUUCGCGGUGGACUUCCCUGUUCCUAUGGGCAAAGGGGCAAGCCUCAGAGAGACAAAGGUCAAAUGCGCCAGCAAUGUCCAUCAGUGCUGGUUUGUCUCCUACAUCAAGCCCAGCGAGCCCAUCUGCGGCAGUGACAGGGUCACCUACAACGGCGAAUGCCACCUGUGCUUCAGAAUCCUAUAUGAACAGCAGAGCAUAACUAAACUGCAUGAUGGACCGUGCGAAAACUCCUGAACUUACACCGCGGAGAGGUACAGAGCCGCUGAAUCCCUGGAUGAUCAAGUGACAUGGAAUGAUUGCCUCUUAAAGUACACCCCCGGUAGAGGAGAAUGCUGGCCCUGGAGGAAGCCAACGGUCAGCGUCAAACUCAUUGAUUUGCUUCAGUAAAUGAUUCUCAGCAGGAAA